UAUCGGAUUGGACGUGCGACGUUCCAAAGAGCCAACCAGAACCAGAACCAGAAUCAGAAUCUGAAUCAGAAUCAUAACCAGAGCCAGCCCAACCAAAAUAAAUCAAACCAAGUCAGCCCAGCCAAUUCAGUCAGCCGUAGUUCGCCUCAGUUUCACCCUGUUCAUUGACAGACAGUACAGCUCAAGUGUGCAAAUUCAGUGCAAGUGAGGCCUAGCAGCCAACAGGACAUAGACACCAUCAGGACACCUUCAACAGUGCCAGUGCAAUGCCAGAAACAGUCCGCCGCACCCUGAAAAGGAGCGAGCAACGUGGAUCCAUCAUCACGUCCUCCCCCAAACCGCCUUUUUUGUUCGAGUGCUGAGAAACUGUUUUUUUCAAGUGAAUAACAAAGAAUUAACCAAGCCGCUGCAAAGUGACGUCUAAUCAGCAAUCAAAACUGAACUAAGAUCACAACCCAAGCCAUACCAAUCCAACCCAAUACAGAACAAACUGAGAAUCAAGUGCGUGAGUGCCAGUUGUAUCCAUCGCAUCGCAUCCGCAUGCCAAGCGCCCAGCCACAGGACACCCAAGCCCAAGACGACUCCGAUCGCAGUUAAGUAAUCAUUAGUGAAAGGUCCAUCUGCAGCCCCACAGUCUCACAGUCCGGCAAUCGGUCAAGUAAUCAGCAGCCAGAAGGAGCAGCGCAGCGCACAGGAUCGCAUCGCGUGGCAUCGAAUCGCAUAGUAUCCUUUGUUUCGGUGGGCCAGGCCGCCAGAAAGCCGUCAAAAUACGCAAGAAGGUGACCUCGAAGAAGGCCAGCGUUGUGUCGGUUGACGACGAUCACAACAACAACAACAACCACAACAACGACCACAACGCUCGGCAGCCCACAAACAACCCAACAACAACCACAACAGCAAACCCAAGCACACCCACAACAAUAUCAACACCAACACCAACACCGAUAGCAACGCCCGCAGCCACGCCCACACCCGCUGACCCAGAGCAGCAGGAGUGCCCACAGCCGAGGAGCAACAACCAGGUCCAGACUCAGAUCCCGAUCCACAGCCCGAACCACAGCCAGACACAACCCAUCGAGAUGGACGACACACAGCACUUCUGCCUCCGCUGGAACAACUACCAGAGCAGCAUAACCUCGGCGUUCGAGAAUCUGCGGGACGACGAGGCCUUCGUGGAUGUGACCCUCGCCUGCGAGGGACGCAGCAUCAAGGCCCACCGCGUCGUCCUCUCCGCCUGCAGUCCCUACUUCCGCGAGCUGCUCAAGAGCACACCCUGCAAACACCCGGUCAUAUUGCUGCAGGACGUCAACUUCAUGGACCUGCACGCCCUGGUGGAGUUCAUCUACCACGGCGAGGUCAACGUGCACCAGAAGUCCCUGCAGUCCUUCCUCAAGACCGCCGAGGUGCUGCGCGUCUCAGGACUCACGCAGCAGCAGGCAGAGGACACACACAGCCAUCUGGCCCAGAUACAGAACCUGGCCAAUUCAGGCGGCCGCACGCCGCUCAACACGCACACCCACUCGCUACCACAUCCGCACCACGGCUCGCUGCACGACGAUGGCGGCUCCUCGACCCUCUUCAGCCGCCAGGGAGCGGGCUCGCCGCCGCCGACGGCGGUGCCCUCGCUGCCCUCGCACAUCAACAACCAGCUGCUGAAGCGCAUGGCCAUGAUGCACCGCAGCAGUGCCGCCGCCGCCGCCGAGGAGUCCUCGCACGGCCUGAAGCGGCUGCGCGGCUCCGACAACGGUCUGCCGCUGUCCGGCGUCGUUGGCAGUGGCAGCAACAACAACAGCCCCGACUUGCCGCAGCUGCACGCGCGCAGCGCCUCGCCCCAGCAGACUCCGGCCGACUUCAGUACGAUCAAGCACCACAACAACAACAACACGCCGCCGCUGAAGGAGGAGAAGCGCAACGGACCCACAGGCAACGGAAACUCAGGCAACAACAACGGCAACGGAACGAGCAACGGCAACGGAAUCUCCAUCAGCGAUAAGCUGGGCAGCCUCACACCCUCGCCGCUGGCUCGAGCGGGCGCCGAUGACGUCAAGUCGGAGCCCAUGGAGCUGGUCUGCUCCAACAACAACGCCAAUGCCAACGACGAGCACAGCAACGACUCCACCGGCGAGCACGAUGCCAAUCGCUCCAGUAGUGGCGACGGCGGCAAGGGAUCCCUGAGCUCCGGCAACGACGAGGAGAUCGGCGACGGACUCGCCUCCCACCACGCCGCCCCACAGUUCAUAAUGUCGCCGGCGGAGAACAAGAUGUUCCAUGCAGCCGCCUUCAACUUCCCCAAUAUCGAUCCCUCAGCGUUGCUAGGUCUGAACACACAGUUGCAGCAGUCCGGUGACCUCGCCGUGUCCCCUCAAGGUGGCAGCACCGGCAGCCUACUCAGUGGCGUCAUUGUGCCCGGCGGUAGUGGUGGCACCCCUAGUAAUAGUAGUAGCAACAACAACAACAACAACAGCAACAAUCAACAACAAAAAGUAGAACAACAGUCAUCACCACACCAACUCCUCCAACAACAACAUCAUUCCACACCACAUACCAACAGUCCACAACUGAAGCAGGAACAACCGAAGUCGGGCGCCGGCAGCUGCAAGUCCAGCGACCUGCACAUUGCAGCGGGCAGUGAGCGCAGCCUCUCCCGAUCCUCCCAAGGAAUGCCGGACGCCGGCGGGCACAGUGCCACGCCCUCGCCCACCGCCGCCUAUCACAAGCGCGAGAGGGAGCGCGAAAGAGAGCGCGAACGGGAGCGUGAGCGAGAACGAUCGCUCGACCAUGAGCGCGACAUGGAGAGACCAGGCGGCACGGGAUCCCCACCACCGCCGCCGCCGUCGCACCACUCACAUUUCGGCCAGCACCCACUGUCGCUGUUGCCCAGCCACCACCAGUUGCACGCCACCCACCACGAGCUGAGCGCCGCCGCCGCCCACCAUGCUCACGCCCAUGCGCAUGCCGCCCACGCCCAUGCCUUGGCCCGCGCCGGAUCGCCCAUGGAGCACCACCACCUGUUGCACCACAGACGCGCCUCGCUCUCGCCCUCGGGCGCCGUUUCCUCCGCCAGCGGAGCGGGCGGACGCGGAGGCGGAGCUGGCGGACCAGGUGGACCAGGCGGCAGCCUGCUAUCAUCUGUGCGCGCCCAGGACGUGGCGCAGGCCAAUAGACUCCUCCUGCCCCUGCCACUCAACGCCUGCCACCGGUGCGACGUGUGCGGCAAACUGCUGAGCACCAAGCUCACGCUGAAGCGCCACAAGGAGCAGCAGCACCUGCAGCCGCUGAACAACGCCGUGUGCAACCUGUGCCACAAGGUCUUCCGCACACUGAACUCGCUGAACAACCACAAGAGCAUCUAUCAUCGCCGCCAGAAGAACCACCACUCGUACUUCCACCACGGCGCCGGUGUGAGCCAAGCGGGCAGUCCGGGCAGCCGGCUGCAUCAGUCCCUCAGUUCGCUGAGCGCAGCAGCGGCGGCGGCCAACAAUAGCGUCAAUGUGGGCGGUGGAGCGGUGGGCGGGGCUGGGGGCAAUGCAGUGGCUGCUGCCGCAGCCGCAGCAGCCGCGGCGGCCGAACUGCUUCUCUCUCCGAUCGUUGGAGCCGCCGCCGUGGCCGGGGGCACGGCCAGCUCCACGCUCCAGCUGGCGGCGGCGCACCAGCAGCAGCAGCAACAGUCGUCGCCGGGCAUUGUCAAGCCGUGCAUGGACUUCUUAUAAGAUCAGCAGCAACUCUUGCAGCAGCUGUUCCACGUGGCGCUCAACAACUCCGCGGCGGCAGCGGCGGCUGCAGCGGCAGCAGCUGCGGCGGGUGGAUCGGGAGGAGGUCCGGGCGGAGUGGGAGUGGGAGUAGGAGCUGGGCCGGAGUCGAUCAACGGAGGCGGACAGGAGUACGGCGGAGUGCAGGGGCCCAGUGGCACGCCCACUGUCGAUCUCACCCAGCUGGAGCAUACGGCCGGUGGCGGUGGAUUCUCAGCCGCAGCCGCCGCCGCCGCCCUGCAGCACCACCUGCCACACCACCUAGCACACCAGCAUCCGAUGUCCCACCAACAUCCCCACCAGCUGACGCACCCGCACCCCCACCCCCAUCCGCACCAGCAUCCAUAUGAACGCAUGAAUUUACUAGACCAAUAAGCGAGGCGCCAGAAAGUAUGCUACGAAUGAUGAUCGGGCACCAGACACACGCACACGCGCACACAAAGGCACACACACACACACAGACAAAGAAGAAGGAGGAGGAGACGGAGGAGAAGGAGAAGGAAACGGAGGAGAAGAACCGACCGAACGAAAAGGAGCAGAGGGAGAUUAGGACUACUACUACCACGUAGACAUUUCAAUUUCGGAUCUCACAGAACGGAAAAUUCAAAGACUUUUUCGGCCAGAACAAAAACGAAAGAAAACUAAAAUACAAUGGCGAACAUCGAGAUAAAGCAAUGAUAAAAUGAUGAUGAAAGCGCAAGCAAGGAGAGGAAAGGAAGACAAAAACAUUUUUAGGCAAAUGGAAAAACUGUGAUUAUUUACGACUUGAUUAUAAAGCAAGCAAAAACAAAGGUCUUUUACGAUAAAGCUAUAUAUGUAGCUAUAUACAAGCAUAAUACACACACCGACACCCACACCGACACACACACACGCACACCCAUUCAGAUCGCGCUGGAAUCGGACUCGUAUACAUAUAAGGAUUUUUUUUGACCAUCCCAAAUUGGGAUGCGAAUAGAGUUUGUCACUAAAAACUAGAUUAGGAGAAGCAGCGCUCCAACGCUUGGAGCCUGGAGCACAGGAUAGAAGACUGUUAACCAUGCCACAUGCCACAUGUCCAUCCUCAUGCUCAUGCUCAUGCUCACAUGCCCCACACACACGCCCCUGAGUAUUACCCACUAAAUGCGCUGAAUGCCAACCCAUCGUCACCCCACUCUGAAUCAGAAACAGAAUCAGAAUCAGAAUCCGAUCCGGAGCGCAAGGAACCGAUCCCCGUAUCGAUGUGGGCGGGGAUGCAGCCGGGAAUCACACUGAAUCGAAAUCACUGAACCAAUGUGCAACAUUUCCCGGUAUAUCUGUACAGCUUCUAACUAUUCUAUCUUCCUCACCCCUGCACACUCAUGAACAGAAAACGAACAAACAACCAAUGCAUAUAUAUAUAUAUUUUUUUUUUGUUUUUUGAUAUCAUUGUAAGAUAUGAGAUACAGAUAUAUAUACAGAUAUAUAUAUAUACAUAAACAUAUGUGUACAUUUAGCAGCCACUAAAUAUUCAUCAAAUGAGUAGCAAGGUCAAUGUAAAAAAAAACCACAACAAUGUAAACCUAGCCCUAAGUGAACGAGUGUGUAAUACGAUUUUUUUUACUUAUCUACAACUAAGAGCGUUGCUCCUAAGAAACCACACACGAGUAUACAUAAUAUACAUAAUGUGUAAAAGUGUAUUUGCAUAACUAUGAGACGAAUACGAUAUGAAUACUAUACGAUGAAUAUAACUAAGACUAUGACUCAGCAUAACGCAUACACAGCAAGGCAUAAAUCAAUUUUGAGAUGAAAGUCGGGUGUUCGCAGAUCUUGGAUCGUGUGUAUAGGUGGAAAUAGCACUGAGUGGAGGUAAUGAGAUGAGUAAACUGAGUAAAAUGACUAAGGGGAGGAGAAGGAAAGUCGUGCGCGUUUCGAAGCUUGGGAAGAGAGGAUGAGAACACGGGGACCAGGACUGACUAGUUUUAAACUCAACCGAAGGGCGAUGCGAUGAGCACUCAUCGAUAAACGUUAGCUUAUAGCUGAACAACUCGACAAGGAACAAUUAAAUUGACGGUCCCCAGUUGAAGUGUCGGCACUUAUGGUACAGUACAUACUAUGCUUUCCAAUUGGCACACUUUGCGACUCAAAACGUAUAAUCAAAAUUAGCGACCAGAUAUAUUCUGUAUGUAUGUAGAUGGUUUACUUUGCUUCCAGCACACCUUACCUUAAUUUGAAGACUGAUCACUCGAAGUAGAACUUUGGAGGGGGCGAGGUUUAGAACUAGAACAGGCCGUAGCAGGUGGUCUCAGGCAAAGAAACCGCGGGAAACGACACUAUUUUUAGGCGCGUGCAAUUUCAUCUUGGGUUUUCCAUUCGAGGUCCCCCAUAAGCUUUGGGAUAGCGAUAGAGAGGAUGAUAGCCUUAGUUAAAGGUCAGGCCUAUAUGACCGAUAGUAUCUAUAUGAAGAUAGAAAGCGAGAGAGAGAUGAGGAAAGGGAGUGGAAAUAAGUUUGAGCGCUGAUACGUUGUAUGCGAGUAUAGUCGAAUUUUAUAUUUUAUACAACCUAUUAUAAUUAACUCUUAAUGUAACUCACCCACGCAUAAUCUAGGCGCAUGGCGAAAUUACCAAUUUCCCCAAUGUAUGUAUUUUUUUUCUUGCUUCUUUUGGCAAACGAAAAGUCUGAAAAGUUGAUUAAGUUGAAUCAUCUACGUUUUGAUACCAAAAUUCGAUUUACAUAGCUUAUGCACAUACGAAUACGACUACAUUAAGUUCACCGUACGAGUACACCCAUAACUGUGUCCGUAUCCAAAUCUGUAUCCUAUCUAUAAGGAGAACCCUCCGUUUGUUACGACCCACGCGAUCUGAAAUCGCCAGCUG